AUGGCUCAGAUUCACUUCUCAAGUGCAAUUUCCAAGGACUGGUUCAAUCCUUUAAGCAAGUUCAAAGGUACAGUUUUACCCCAGACGACAAAACAGGCCAGAAUAAUAGCGGAUAUUGACCAGAAAGACGAGUCAUCGGAUUUGUCAACUUUUGCGUCCCUGUUGAAUGAAAUAAAACACUAUAUGAGAUCUUCGGAAAUACCUCCAAAGCUCAGACUGAAGAUUCUCGUACUGAAGUUUACUAACUUCAUAGAAGAUGUAGAGGAAUGGACCCCUGAGCUUCUAGCCGAGUUUGAUAUUGCAUUCAUGGAUUUCUGGAGACUCUUACAGCGCAAUAAUAAAGAUUUGAACGAGUUUCCAUUGGACAGUAUAGUAGCUCUUUUCGAGAAGUCUUCUGAAGACAAAUCUCAAUCUACUAACCGUGUCAGGUUGCCUAGUUUCAUGUCUGUUGUGAUUUCAUACUUGUUAAACAAGAAUAGUAGUGAGAUCCCCCCACAUGUUCUCGUGUACUUAGUAGACCUUGGAUCUUCCAUCAAGGAUUUGCAUUUUGUACUCAACAGCUUGUUUGCCAACAAAACAGAAGAGUUGACUCCUCAGUUCACAAACGACUUGAUAGAGUACUACAUGAAGAAGAAAGUAGACAAUAGUAAAAAAGAAGUGAUGCUACUGCAGAUCUUUGAUAGUGUCAUAGCAGCAUUAGGUGCAUUCCCAAAAGCUACAAUUGUGGACUCUUCAUUCUUUGACAAGUACAUUAUAUUCGUGGAAAGUAUUUAUCAUGAUGCAGCCCCAGAAACCCACGAGUACGAAGUCUUACAUAGAAGCAUCGAUUACGUACAUUUCAGAAACAACCAGUUGCUCAGUAGUAUAGAUUUCAACGAUACUUCUGUGUAUGUCUUGUUAAGAUUGGCUAAACUUACAAACAGCCUUCUAGAGGCAAGUAAUGACGAAGAGGCUGAAAAACAUCUUCAAACAAUUCUAAAGACUUUACUGAAAGAUUCAAAUAAUACGACUUUCAAGCAGAUCAGAGACGAAGUAUUCAGGCAAAACAUUGAAGACGAAUCUUUAGUAGAAAUGUUGUUGUUUCACUCUUGGUCAAACAAAGACUACAAAAGAUUGUGCGACAUGCUUUCAAGUUUUGUUCUUUCUGAUGAUAUCAAGUUCAGCAAGGAGUUGCGAGUCCAGAUCGAGAUGUACCGAAUUAUGCAUCAAACUGACGUGCUCUCAGAAGGCGAAGUCCGUGAAAGACUCAAACGAACAUUGGAUAUGUAUAUUGAAGAUAACCAGGAUGCCAACUAUAGCGACUUGUUAACACGAAUAAUGCAAGCAUUGGCUUCAAGCGAUAUUCCUCCUGGAGGUCCACUUGCUACCAGAAUAACGAAGUAUUUCACAAGUCAUUUCAGGAUGGAUCCCUCUAUCUAUUCAUUCAAGCAUAGAAUAGAUAAAGCUAUCCGUUUAGGUGACCAUAUUCAAGCCAUGAACAUUUUUGACGACAGCCUUCAAAACUUCACCCAAUGGCACGCUUCAGCAGAUCCUGCGAUUUUCAAAACGCUCAAUGACUUGGUUGUGAUAAUAUGCACAAAUAUGGACGAUAUCCAAGCCAUAUUCCCAAUGUUUCAGAAAAUUAAGAGGCAAAUGCUCAGAAAGAGUAAUGCUGAAGCAGUUACUGCUUUGGCUAUUAAAAUGCUAAAGGCAGAGUAUAUCGGCGACUUGAUCGAAAUGUUGAAGAGGGAAUUACCAGAUAUCGACAAGGAUGCAUCUGUUAGACUUCCCAGCGACAAACCCUUUGGAUACAAGUAUCGAGCACUCUUUGAGGAGUUGCACAACUUUGUAGUUGAAUACGAAAACGAGCAAACCUUCGAAACAAAUUGGGUUCUUUACGGGGAACUCCACAAGUUCUUCAACUUGCCCUUUGAAUUCUAUAUGCCUACAAUAAAGUUCUUUUGCCAGCAUGAUAGACUCAAUGCUGCUCUUCUUAUUGUACGUCAAAUAAGAAAAAACAGUGAACUUUACGAUCAACCUCCGCCACUGAGGGAGAUGUUCAUGUAUCUCUUUAACGUUUUUGGAGAUAAGCUUUAUGAAGAAGGCGUCAAAGAAUUGCAUGGAUACUUCAAAUUGGAUAUUGGAAUAAUUCAACAGGAUAUAGGUUUGCAGAAUUCUAUCUUGAACGCAUAUUCAAACCUUCAAGAUGUUCCCAGGGCUAGGGAGUUAUUCCUUGCUAUUUCGUCCAACCCAAAGGUGUACGGAGGUAUCAACGAAGAAACGAUCCAGAUCAUUAUCAAAACAUACACCUACCAUGAUUUGGAGUAUGUAAGGAAGUUCUGGAAUAACUUAUCUCAAUUCGACAUUAUCCCAACCUAUGCCAUUUACAGACAAUACUUGAUAGCACAUGUGUAUCAUGGUUAUGCAGAGGAAGCAAUCCAAUUGAUAGGAGAAAUGGGGGACUAUGACUUGGAAGUAACUUCUGAUACUAUACUAGCUUUGCACAACUACUGUCUCGAAGAAAGAGGACAAAAGGUCAUAGCCAAAUGGGCAGAAGAGAAUCACACAGAUAUGUGGAAUGAGUUGAUCAACUCCAAUAUGCUUGUGGGGGCCACUAAUUACAUGCCCUCAAACAACCUUAUUGCUGAAAGCUCGGCAUGA